GCGGAGACGGAGCAGCACGCUGCACAGGAUCAUCACACACACUGACAUUUGCUGAAGAAGAACAACAACACUUUUUAUAACCACAAAACUUAAUUUAAAAAAAGAAAGAAAUAAACGAAUAGUGUAAAGUAAAGGUAUUCUCCCUGCAGUCGGGGGCUUUAGGAAACUGCAAGGAAGUCACCAUGUGAUAAAAAAUAUUUGUUAAACGGACAAAAAGGUUGGAUUACAAGAAAACAAGCGAAAGUUGAAAGCUUCCUGUGUGUCUCAAGAAUGGUCCACCACCCAAAGGACAUCCAGCCAACUUGACACAACUGUGGGAAGCACUGAAGUCAAUGUACCAGAAGAUCCCUGUGGAACGCUUUCAACACCUUGUAGAGUCCAUGCCCCGAAGAAAUGAGGCUGUUCUGAGGGUGAAGGGGGGCGUGAGCGGAAUGUCCGUGGAUGAGAAGCCUGAAGCCCCCAUGUACGUGUAUGAGUCGACGGUUCAUUGUACCAAUAUCCUCCUGUGCCUGAACGACCAGCGGAAGCAGGAUAUCCUGUGCGAUGUGACUGUCCUGGUGGAGGGCAAGGAGUUCCGCGGCCACAGGGCCGUGCUGGCCGCCUGCUCAGAGUACUUCUCGCAGGCGCUGGUUCGACAGGCCGAGAAUGGCUUGUUCCUCAGUCUACCUGGAGAGGUCACUGCCAGGGGAUUCGCCCCAUUGUUGCAGUUUGCCUACACUGCUAAGCUGUUACUCAGCAGAGACAACAUCCAGGAGGUCAUCCGCUGUGCCCAAUUCCUGCGCGUGCACAACCUGGAGGACUCGUGCUUUCGCUUCCUGGAGGCCCAGCUCCGCAGCGAGGAGGACGGCCUGCUGCUGUGCCGCAAGGUGGCGCCGGCCGAGGGGAACCACGAGCCUGAGGACGAGAGCAUGCAGUCUGAGACGACAACAAAGGUUGCCUCCCCCCGGGCCCGGCGGCGCGCUGAAUGCUUGGCCUCCUUGCGGCAAGCACCAGACGCGGACCCGCUAGCCAUGACGGUGCCCAGCGACUUCGCAGACGGACGGCUGGACUUCGACAGGCACGGAGCAUCGGACCUCCCUCGCUGCCCCAAAUACAGGAAGUACCAGUGGGCCUGCAACAAGCACAAUAACGACACCUCCUCACACACCAGUACCUCAGGUUUUCCAAGCACAUUAUUAUUUAAGGAGACCAGCGGUGGUAUCAGCGACGGGGCAGUCCGGGACCAGAGUAGGCCGCCGGUGGCUCAAAUCAAAGUGGAGCCUCAGGCAGAGGAAGAGGCCAUCUCGCUGUGCUUGUCAGGGGACGAGCAGGAUGGCCAUGACAAGGACGACGUGACAGCCAUGGAAUUGGACAGUGUCCCAGUGGUAUCCCCCUCUUCCGUCAAGAGGAGCAAGUCCCCCACCUGCAUCCGCGCCUUCUUCAAGAAAGGAACGGACCUGUCAGCUCUGCCCAACGUGUCACAACAGCUAUUCGCCAACAGACUCGCCAGCGUCUGCCCCGAAGACAAAGAAACCACUCAGGGAGAUUUCAGGCCUUUCACUGCAGUGGAGCUGGGCCUGUCUGUUACAUCUCCAAAGGUAGUGGACGGCUUCCCUCCGAUGCUGUCGUCGCUGAAGUCCGCCUCCUGCGACGGCGUUUGCAAACAGGAAGUGGAGCUGGACCGCCGCAGUGUCAUCUUUUCCUCCUCAGGGGCCUGCGACCGUCUGGGCACCCCGGCGCAUUCCUACCCCGGUGGGAACUCUUUGGAGAUGGAGCUCUCAGAGCACACGCCAAAGAGUCUGUGGGCUGGUGCCAGCCAGUCCCUCCCCACCUCACAGACCUACUCUCCCAGCAGCGCCCCCACCCACGCUUCCACCACCACAGAGCCCCCGCCGCUCCUCUGCCACCCGCGGCCCAACACCAGCUGCCCAGUACCAAUCAAGGUGUGCACGCGCUCGCCGCCCUCCGAGACCCGCACGAGGACCUCCAGCUCCUGCUCCUCCUACUCCUACGCGGAGGACGGGAGCGGCGGCUCACCUUGCAGCCUGCCCCAGUUUGAGUUCUCCUCCUCGCCGUGCUCCAACGUGGCUCUCCGCCUCGCCACCGACCAGCAGGACCAGGGCGUGAUAGGGGGAGAUGCCCUCUUCAACCAGGUACGCCCCAAGAUCAAGUGCGAGCAGUCGUACGGCACCAACUCCAGCGACGAGUCGGGAUCAUUCUCCGAGGGUGACAGCGAGUCGUGCCGAGUCGAGCAGGGCCCAGAGGUAAAGCUUCCUUUCCCUGUCGAUCAGAUCACAAAUCUUCCGCGGAACGACUUCCAAAUGAUGGUCAAAAUGCACAAACUGACCUCAGAGCAGCUGGAGUUCAUCCAUGACGUCCGGCGGCGGAGUAAGAACCGCAUCGCGGCGCAGCGCUGUCGCAAGAGGAAGCUUGACUGUAUCAUGAACCUGGAGUGUGAGAUCAGAAAGUUGGUGAACGAGAAGGACAAGCUGCUGACAGAGAGGAACCAGCUGAAGGAGUGUAUGGGUGAGCUGUGGGAGAACUUCUCCUGUCUGUCCCAAGAAGUGUGCAGGGACGUGCAGCUGAGCCCCGAGCAGGUCCAGUCCCUGAACCACUACUGCCCGGUCCUGAAGCCCGGCACCAACACCAUCGACAUUGCCGGCAAUGCUGCCUCCAACAGCAUUGACCUCACCACCCACUCCGGCUCAGCCACCCCGGAGCCCAGCUUCCUCAAGUCCCCCGGGCCCUCAGAGAGCGAGCCUGACUCGGUCAUGGGGAAUGGGGCUGACGGGGGGGCGGGCAGCAACGAGGCGGAAGGCCAGGAGCCGAGGUUAUACAUGGAGGCGGGGCUCUCGUUCAAUGAACAGUCCAAUCAGACAGUGACGGUAGACUUCUGCCAGGAAAUGACUGAUAAAUGUACAACUGAUGAACAGCCGAGAAAGGACUGUACUUAGUAGUAAACGGUGGUUUUAAUAUCUGUGUUUUUAUUAUUUAAUUUUUAGUUUUGAUUUUCUUCUGACAAACCCCUUUCUCGGGGUUGGUGAGAUGGUCAGCCUUGGCCAGUGUUCUUUGAAAAUAUUUGUUGUUUGUAUGUCUUUUUAAAGGUUGACACUACAGUUGUCUUAAGAGCAGCAAUACUGUUCUCCAGGUAUUCUCCUCUCUGUAACCAUGACAGAGUGGGAACUUCUCACACAAAACUCCUCUUACAAUGGUGCUACACCGUGUCCGGGCAGGCAGCGAUCUCCACAGUGUUCUUUAUCCAUGUAUUACAGUCUACUCACAGGGAUGGGCAAAGUUCACAUCUUCAAUUCAAACCUCAAUGGACCUAACAGCAGCUCCCUCUGUCUCUCGAUCAACUUACAGUUUCUAUCUCCCUGUCUCUCCUCUCUCUAUUUCUCUCGUCUCUCCCUCUCUCUCUCUCUCUCUCUCUCUCUCUCUCUCUCUCUCUCUCUCUCUCUCUCUCUCUCUCUGUCUCUCUCUGUCUCUCUCUGUCUCUCUCUCUCUCUCUCUCUCUCUCUCUCUCUCUCUCCCAAUCGCUCUUCUACUCUGUCUAUUUCCUAUCAAUCUGUUUCUACCUCUUAAAACACUUUCGCUCUCUGUAUAUUCUCUCUCUCUCUCGCUUAUUCUCUCACUCUCUCUCGGUGGCCCUUGUCACAGCAAUUCAAACUCAGGAAGAAAUCUUCUGAAUGUUCGAUAUGAUCCAUGAAAAUAAGAAUACAGCUUCUGUACAUGAGAGAUUUAUGAAGGAGUUAGACUGUAAAUGUUCAUAUGCAAAAAAAUGUCUUCUGCUUCACUCAUUUAGCAUUUUCUGUACAUCAAAACAAUGUGUACAGACAGUACCUAAACAUUCCUCCUUUGCCUUCAGCAGCACUGAAACGAAAGAGAAAAACUAACGAUUUGACAGGUGGUUAAAUAGCUAUGUUCUCACCAGGGUUGGGGUCAAUUCCAUUUCAAUUCCAGUCAGGACGUACACUGAAUUCCAACUCUCUUGAAGGCUUUUCAAUGACGAAAAUGUGAAAUUGGAAUUGCAAUUUGGUUUGCUUUCUGGAAUGGAAAAGGAAUUGACCCCAAUCCUGGUUCCCACACAUCAGCAAUACCAUUGUAUUUGGAUGUUGUAAUGGUAACUUUCAAGUGCUUGCUUGGGCAGAACGUAUAAUGUAUAUAGUAUGGAGCAUGGUGACUGUCACAGUAAUAUUAUACAAGUAGAGGCUUAGACGUUUCUUUUCACUGGGGUUUUUGCUAAGGGGAAAUAUUUGCUUUGCUGUUUCCUGCCUAAAGGAAAAUUCCCCAUAAGGGUGGGUGUUCUUAAACUCAGGAAAUCAGCUUGACACACACACACACACACACACACACACACACACACACACACACACACACACACACACACACACACACACACACACACACACACACACACACACACACACACACACACACACACACACACACACACACACACGUACAUUCAUUUCAGAGCCCCUUGCAUGAAAAUUGGAUGUUGCUGGCACGGACCGUGUAAGUAUGUUAUUAACCAGUGGCUCAAGCCACAUCCAUUCAAAAUUUGACACCACUUUAAAUGUGAAAACGAGUUUCAGCUUGUUGUGUUUUUGAGGAAACUUUAUUUCUCCUUAUCAGUGUUUGAAGAUGCUAUAUGUACGAUGGGGAAAACUCUCACAGGCACCCUUUGGAUUUCUUCAGUGUUGUGUUUCAAUGUUGCCAAGGAAUGUGUGAGUAGACAUCUUCUCAAGCUGAGGGAUAGCUAUUCUGUCUGCAACAAACAACAAAAACAGACACAAAGUAUUUCUAUUUACCAAGGAUACUUUCUCCUAAUGAAUCUGGGCUCAAUUCAGGCUCUUUCCUUCCAGCACCGGAUGGUCAGUUAUAACUAGUUAUAAUAGCACUUCAUAGAGGGCUUAUGUCUGAUUCAGAAUCCUGAAAAGUCUGAUACCGAAACACUUGAAUUGGCACUUAAAUGAAAACAUCUUAUUGAAUGUUAAUAUUGAUAUAAAUAUCUCUAUGAAGACUACAUUUUUUUUAAACUAGAGUCAACAGGCUUAUUAACAAAAAAAGGAAGCUAACAUAAUAUUGAGAGUGUUCACAUCUUAUAUUUGUAAUUCUUUAAGAAUUGAAUAAGCUAAUUGAGACUUCAGUUCACGUGAAAGCACUGUGUGUGUCAUCAUCAAACUGAUUGAGUAACAAUCAUAUGAUAGUAACAAUCAUAUGAUAUAGUAACAUUUUUGCCCUGGUUGUACAUUUGUUGAAAACAUCAUAUUCUGUGAUGUGAAUGCAUGCCCCUGUAUAUUUUACUUAGUUAGUUUGUCUAGCUUAUGUUUGCUUCUAACAAUAGUCCUCAGCUAAAUGAUUUACUCUUGUCUUUUGUUGAUGAACCAUAUUUACAUUUAUAAUGUAAAUUUACAGAAAUACUUUUCUUAUCUGUUCAACAGUCAGAGAUGUGCUUGAACAUACAGAAUAUAAGAAAAUAGAGCCAUAACCUAUGAAGAGGAGUGAAUUCAAUUGGAAUAUAAAGCUUUGCUCAUAACUUGAACUUCAUUCAGGACGAAAAGCUAUACAGUUUGUCAGGAAAGAGCGAUAAAUACAACUGUAAAUAUUGAGGAGUCUGCAAAUUCCCCUUGGCGUUACUCUGCUGCCCCCUGUUGGACACAGUUAUGUAGUUCUCCAACCAGUCCUGACGGAACAAACCGUGUGGUAUUACGAGUGCUCUGUGUUUUGCGGUGUGGUUGCUAGUCUGAUUAUUUGACCAUACACAUAGGUUUCCCUAAGGUUGUAGCUAGACUCAUAUACAGUCUCACACAGAGAACCACAAGCAUACGCACAAAUAUGAAUACAUACACACACACACCAUGCAUGUCGUAAUGGCAUCCUUGCUCGAAGGCUUCAGUCUAGAGCAGUUGUGAUUGAUUGCCUGGUGAAAUUGUUGUUUGCGAGGUUCUUUUUCCACUUUGCUCUGAUUCAUAAGCCGUCACUGAAGUGGAACGGUAUUCAUCCCCAUUAUCAGAUACAAAACAGAAAACUAAAGAUGGGUGGAUUCAAGUGGACAUUUGUGCAAACCAUAUGCAAUUCCGACUUUUUCGUACUCGUUUUUUUGAAGUAAAAAGUGAAAAGCAUGACGUUCCACCAGAAAAGCACACUCAUUAGGCUACACUUUGACAAAUGUCAUAUUUUGGGAAAAUGUAUUGAAAUGCAUCAGGUUUCUAUUGUCCUCCAUCAAAGCUAUACCAAUAGAUAUCCUUCUAUCUGUUUUUAGAUGUCCUUAUAAUGCUAUUAUGAUUACUGUUGAUGUUCUUUGGAUAGCAAUGAGUGCAUAGUAUAUUUCUGGUGUGUAGGCUACUGUGCGUAACAUUUCUAAUUCCUCAUCAUUGUUUUUUGCUCUACCAAAAGAGCCCCCUGGAUUCAUGUAAAGGCUGGUUGGGUGGAUGCAGAUACAUGAAGAGCAGCACCAUCCCUCCAGUCAUUUGACAGUCCAGUCCAUACCUCUUAGCCCUCUAGCCUUGAGAGAGCUGCUCCAUGCCUGAUAUGCCAUGUGUGGUGUUACUAUGGUGGCCAGUGGUUGAAAGUAGAGCAUGGCCACCUCAACCCGUCAAACCCCCUCCCCAAGCAUUCCAGGUGAAAUAAGCUUGUUGUGUCAUCAUCUCAAUCGUCUGGUUUAACUUUAACCAGGAUCAGUCAUUGCUCUUGUAUAUCGUCUCAGGGUGCCAAGUGUUUUAUUUCUCAAUUUCUGAAUUUGGAGCAGACGUUUGUAACUUUUAGCUGGUUUUUAUGUUUGCUUUGAUGUUUUUGGCUUUGCUUUGGGUGUGUGAAAGUAUAGCUUUAAACUCUGGUUUUAUAUUCCCGAAGCUUAUUUCUACCAAUGCAAAUACUGUGUAAUGAGCUUGGCCCGAUACAGAUCAACCCCAUCAAGAGGCUGCAGAGAGUACAGAGAGUACACAAUACAUUGGAGUACAAAUAGGAAUUAUGUUUUGGUAAUACAUUUCAUUAUUAGUUGGAUUUCUCUCAAGUUCUUUACCUCUGCAGUUUUUUACAAGCCAAACACACAACAACAACAACACAAAUCCACGUCAUUUGAUUUGUUAACUGGCUUUGGUUAUUAGUUGGUGGAUAUUUUCUUGUUUAGUUGAACUUGUGUUUGUUUUAGUUUUUCUGUGCUGCUUCUCUGGAAGAAAAAAAACACUGUCUCUCCAACUCCAAAGGUUGUUGUUUUGAAAAGACGAACAAAACUUGCCUUUUUCACAAAUUGCUCAACUUUAUAAUACAGUAUACUGGUAUCCUGAUUACAUGCACAGGCUGAGACCAUUUUAGGAGUAAAAGAAAAGUUAAAUAUGUUUACAAAAAAGUUGUGUUUAUUCAAUUUGCCAUGUAUAUAGAAAUUGGUAGGUUCAAAUUGGACUGAUGGUUAGUGUUUUUACAUUUUGUAAACAGAAAACUGUGUUUCCUCAACUUGUCUUUUCAUUCAACUGGGGAUGUUUCAGAGUUACACGGAUACAAGUGCACCUCCGAUUUUUGCCUUAGAACUUGCAGAGGCCAUAGUUCACAUUCAAGUGAAGUGAGUGUAUGCAGGGGCCUACGCCCCCCAUUUCUGAGUAACCACCAGUGCAGACGUUCUCACACUUAUCUACCUGUGAAAUCCUUCAUACCUCUCAUAAUUGGUCAAUGACUGUAUCAGCAAACUGCAUCAGGUGGUUUUUUUUACAUGCUUUUUACACAGAUUAUAUGGAUUAUUGUAUUAGUAGAUUUUGGUGCAUCGUUUUCUUUAAAUGUAAUAACUCUUAAGCUUGUAGUCACAAAGUUGUUUUUCUCUCCCGUUUUUAUAGAAGACUGUUUUGUGUUAAUAUUGUCCAUUUGAAAUAACUGUUAUUUGCUUAUUCUCUACUUACCUUGUUCAUUUUUAAAUGCUACACAACCCCUAAUGAAUUCAAAUGACUUAACAACCAUUGUAAAUACAGUGUUGCGUAAACCCCCUUUUCAUUCAUUUCAAUUGCUAGUGUUAUAUAAAUGACAUUUUUGUCUCGACACCAUUUCUGUUUAUGAAAUAAAGAAUCAUAUCAUGUA